AUGCUUACUGAACAAAAAGAACAAAUUGAUAAUUUAAACAAGCAAGGAAAACAAAUCCCCGAAUUAAUUAAAAAAUUAACCAAAUUAGAAACUGAAAAUAAACAUUCAACUCAACCGGCAAUUGCGGAAAAAAUUAUUCAGUCCGGAACCCGAAUUGUUAAUAGUUAUCCUCUUGACAGUGCUAUCACUGGAAUAAUAAUGAGUUAUCUCGUUCAAGAUUUAGAGCAAGAAAAAAAUGAUUUAGCUAAAAAAGUAGGAGAAUUAGCCCUAAAAUUAGGAGAAUAUGAGGCAAUGCGAGAUAAAGUGAGAGAUUAUGCCCAAGUUUUACCCACAAUUAUUGCUGAAAUUUCCGAACUAAAUCAUUUAAGCCCCGAAAAAAAAGAUACUACCGCUCAAUCAGACCUAGCAAAGAUGAAAGAAACAAUUACCAAGUUAGAGAAAGAGUUGGAAGAAAAAAGGAACCAAAAACCUACUCCUAAUUUUGAUACCCCAUUUGGUGAAGAUUUAGAAGUGAUUAAGCAAUUAGAACUAACUAGCCUAACGGAAUUAUUUGGAGUAGCAGUUGACUUGACUAUUCAAAAACAAAUUGAAGAUGCCAUUAAUUAUUCUCAGGUGGUUCAGGCUCGGCAAACUUUCUUAGCUAAACAUUUAACUCCUCAACCCAAUACUACUAUAACUAACCUAUCUCCAACCAUGCUAAAAAUUUCUGAAUUAGGUUUACCGCAGUUGCCUUCUUUUGAAUCACUUUUUAUUGCUGGGGAUAAAUCAUUUCUAAACAUUUUAAAAAAUGAGGAUGAGAUGGGAGUAAUUCCGCCAACUUAUGCUUUAUCAAAAGACAAUCUACCUCAAAACCUUAGUUUUUUAACCCAAAUUAAAGCGGUUCUCAAACCAGGUGAUUUAGGAAGAAGUAAAGGAGUUGAGUUUGUAAUCCAAGAACGUUGCUACUUAAGGAAUACUUCAGAUGGUCGGUAUGAGGAUAUUGCGGUUUAUCUAAUGGAUGGAAAAGUUCAAGGAUUUUUAUCGAGAAUUUCAGCUAAUGAAGUAGUGAAUGUGGCUAAGAAUGGGCUUUUUCAGCCGACUGUAUUGUUAGAGUAG